AUUACCAAUUUUCUGAUUGAAAAACUGCACGACGAGGCACCGCCGCUGUGUAACGGUGUGAUCCUUUCGAAAACUGGAAGACCUGAGGAAAAGAUGGGAAAAGCCCACCAUCCUUUCUUCUCCAAGGGGGCCAAUCUUUUUAUCGGAUCCUGCGCUUAUACUGCUGUUGACGGCGAUGGUAAUGAAAGCGAUCGUAAUGUUGAUACUCAUCGUACUGUAUCACAUGCAAGGAAACAGUGGAGCAUUGAUAGAUUUGAACUAACACCUGGAUCUUGCAUUCUUAAACAUUAUUUGAACUUUCAAGGCACAACUGGAAGUGGUUGA